UAUUCUUGUCUCACAUCUAUGUUUUCAAUUUUACCAUUUCUUGCACCCACACCACAUGGGACACUAAUGUCCUCAAUCAAGUAUUGCAUCAUCACAAUUAAUGUUCUUAACAACUAAUAGUUUCCAUAUCCUUCCCUAUACCAAUUACUACUACUUCAUAACACCGUUUUAUUUGUCAUGUAAAAAAGUACCUAAGUCCCAAACUUGUUUCAUUUUCCAUCUUUGGUCCUUCAACAUGGUGAAGAACAGAGCUGAAAAUUUUAGCUCAUUGUUUUCACUUCAAAAUCACAAUCUUUUCUGUGUAAAAUUUGCAGCAUCAAUUUUCUUAGUGGGUCUUGCUUUUCGUAUUGUUUUUUGGGAUUCAUUCAGUUUUUCAUCAUUUGUAGAGAUAGAAAAAGCUUCUUCUUCUCCUCCUCCACCUCAAACAGAACCAAAAACAGAGUCCUCUGUUUUCUCUUCUCCAAUUGAAGCACCAAAAUUUGAUGAAUUUCAAGUGAACAACAAGACUCAAACUUUUUUGAAUGUUGCAGAAAAAUGUGAUUUGUUUGUGGGAGAUUGGGUGUCUGAUCUAUCUUAUCCAAUGUACACAAAUGAGAGUUGUCAUGUGAUUGAACCUCAUCAAAAUUGCAUGAAAAAUGGACGGCCAGAUUUAGGGUACCUUUAUUGGAGGUGGACCCCAAAAGAGUGUGAAUUACCAAAGUUCAACCCAAAGAAGUUUCUUAAUCUCAUGAGAAAUAAAGCAAUGUCCUUUAUUGGUGAUUCUAUCUCACGCAACCAUGUUCAAUCCCUACUUUGCAUUCUCUCACAGGUGGAACCAGCUGUUGAGAUCUACCAUGACAAGGAAUAUAGAUCAAAGAUAUGGAAAUUUCCUUCUCAUAACUUCACACUCUCAGUAAUAUGGACACCUUUCCUUAUCAAAGCAGCUAUUUAUGAAGACAUGAAUGGAGUUUCAUCUUCAAUGGUACAACUUCAUCUUGAUACUCUUGACCAACUAUGGACCAAACAAUUCAACACUUUUGAUUAUGUUGUAAUUGGUGGUGGAAAAUGGUUUCUAAAGUCUUCAAUAUAUCAUGAAAACAACAAAGUAUCUGGCUGCCAUUACUGUCCUGGAAAGAAUUUAACCGAUCUAGGGUUCGACUACGCGUACCGCAAAGCUUUACAACUUGUUUUCAACUUCUUUACAAGUUCUAGCCAUAAUGCAACUGUUUUAUUUAGAACUACAACACCAGAUCAUUUUGAAAAUGGUGAAUGGUUUAGUGGAGGGUAUUGUAAUAGAACUAUACCCUUCAAAGAGGGUGAAAUUGAUAUGAUAGAUGUAGAUUCUAUCAUGAGAGGUAUUGAAGUUGAUGAGUUUGAGAAAGCUAUUACAUCACUAGGAUCUGAGAAAAGGGUAAAGUUGAAACUUUUGGACACAACUUUUCUUUCAUUGUUGAGACCAGAUGGACAUCCAGGACCUUAUAGACAGUUUCAGCCAUUUGCAAAAGAUAAGAAUGCUAAAGUUCAGAAUGAUUGCUUGCAUUGGUGUUUACCAGGACCAAUUGAUUCAUGGAAUGAUAUAGUAAUGGAAAUGUUAGUCAAUGGUUAAUAAUAAUGUGAGAAUAAUCUGUCACUGCAUCACAUAGAUUUGAACUUUGAAAAUGGUUUCAACAAUGAUAAUUUGAAACUCAGGAUUUUUUACUACAUGAUAGUGUGAUUCAAUACUUCUAUUAGGUUGAGCUUCUUUGUGUAGAUGGUAUUGUACAGCAUAAUCAAAACUUUGCCAUGUAAUUUGUAAAAACUCAUUUCCUGUCCUUUUCAACAUAAUUAUAAGGCAAAUGCUAAAUAGUGCCCC